AUGGGUUCGCUCUGCUCAAAGGAAAGCACACUUAGCGAAGGACAGACCGUCGUCCCUCGUCCGAUCAAAAGCACUACUCGAGCCGUGGGCCAAGGACCAGACUCUCAGGCUGGGCACGCACGUCCUGAUCCUCGCAUUGCGGCUGCUGAAGCUGCAGAGAGAAGACUGAAGGGGCAACAAGCCAGAGGCACUCAUGCUUCCAAUCCAAACCGGGGGAAGCUGGCGGCGCAAUUGGAGGCGUCCAAAUCGGCCGUUAGGGCUCCCGAGCCGCGACAGGAGGACAGACUCGUGUGGGAUUGA